UGUAUGUCGACCAUGUCGACACUAUAGGAGUUUUUGAGAUUAAUAAAGAAUGUGGUGCAGUUAGUCAUAUUUUUGUAUUACAAACCAAGCAGAGUGGAAGUUGGUGAUUUCAUCUCCCAGACACUUACGUAAUGGUGCAAAUAAAAUAAUUUUUUUCUCUCUUAUUGUGUGACAAUAUUGAGGUGCUUGGUGGAAAGUUGGCCAAAGAAAAGAAGAAAUGUUCUUCCGAUAAAUGGAGUGGUGCUGUCUCGGUGUUUGUCUCACAGUGCGCAGGUGGAAUUAUCAGAAAUCAUGCUCAUUUAUCAACGAAAAAAAAACUCUCACUGAUAGCGCUAAAUAAGUCCCGCGUGUCUGUUUGUUGAAAAAAAAAAACGUUUUCUGUGUGAGGUACUUUUCGUGAAAGAUAAACACGGUGGAGGAGAGAAACCGAGUUUGUGGGGGAAUAAACAGAAAAUUAAGUUAGUGUUGCUUUUUUCUCCUGACCAGAACAAUGUCUAAUACAGGGAAAUUUUCGAAUUUUUGUGAUUUUUGCGUUUUAAUCCCAACGACAAAUAGUUACGUGUUGUGAAUCAAUUUAAAUCCCAAACUCUCAUUGUGCGCGAUAAAUUGAGCUUUUAUCACUCGAGGCAUUUCAAGUGUUAAACUCUAUAUAUAUAAUUUAUUUCUGUGUAUUUGUUAAUUAUAUUUUGCACACACUGCAAAAAAAAACUGGUUAAAAAAAUAAUUCGCGAUGAAUAAGGCUAAAGGAUCAAAAGCGAGCAACCGUAAGGUGACAAAAGCACCAGCAGGUGGUGGUGAGAGUGAAAAGAAGAAACCACCCCCGCGUAAAACCAAAUCAACAGGGAAGGGUGGUAAAAAGGGUGGUACGGAGAAGAAUGUUCCACCCCCAAGUGAAACACCCCCGCGGGAGCCACCAAUUAUUCCCGAAGGGAAGAAACUCGAACGCUCAAACAGCUUCAUUUCGCGCGGGCUCUCGAAGCUCUACAACACACUUGCAGGGAGUCGCGAUGGUAUCAACAAAACCAGCUCCGGUGAGAGUCUCGAGAGUCACGACAAUGUCCCCGAACCACCGGUUUUCCUGAGGCGCAGCAGGACACUGGGUACGAUAUCCCUGAGGAAGAAUCGUUCGAGUAUACCGACACCCCUUGAGGAUCUCACCGAGGAGGCAGAGCAUCGUACUCGCGAGGAAUCCCCACAGGGUCUAGCCAGUGCCAAUGAUGUUCCCCAUGGGUUGGGACAUGGAUUUGGUGGUUCACGGGAAUCCCUCGGAACGAGCAUUCUCACCCGCCUAAAACGAACAUUCAGUAUUACUUCCGACAGGAGGAAGAACAGCAUGAAUUCUAGAUGGUCAGCAUCCCUGCAGAGUCUUCAGCAAAUUGACAACAUGGUGAGCUAUGAGGAUUUGAGUUUCAUCAAUUACGACGAAUUCAAUCACAUCGAGAAGCAAGUUGAGCGUGCACUCAGUCAAUUAGAUGUUAAAGCAUCCGCAUCGGUUGUGGAUGCGGCACCCACCCCAAAACCACCCGAAGUUGUGAAGAGGGUGAAGAGACGCGAGAAGAAGGUUUCGUACAAAUUCCAAGAAAAUUGGGAUGCAAACUUUGACAAGGAUAAGAACCUCUAUCGCCAGAGUUUGGAUACAGAGAAGCUCCAAACAUUCAGGAAAUCCUUUCGAUGGAGUAGCGUCUAUGAGCCAGUGCCCACGGAAUACCUCCAGCUGGAUACGGUGCAAGAUACAAAGGGAUCGCCACUCUCGAGGGGAAUUUCUGUGGAGGCUGAUGGGAAGAUUAUCACUUACCUUAGUCACGUUAGAUCACUCCCAAAUAUCCUCAAUUGCAAUGAAAUGCUGCAACUGCAAGAUUUAUGGACCAAGUCACGAAGUCUUACCCACCUGGACUCCCUUGAAUCCAACUCAACGAAUUUAGAUGGAAAUAUUUCGGACAACUCAACCCCAACUGAUUUACAAACGAGACGUCCGAAUUUCUUUACCCUGGUCUUCAGAUCCUCCGAUAAAGACUUUAUUCCAAUCACCGAUGGUGUUCCUUUGCACGUAGCGAUUAGGCCUAGCCUUAUGAAAAGAAACCUACAUUUCUCCCAAGUAUCUAUCAAUGAAGACUGCUCAGUUGUUGGAGAUUCUCCGCCGUAUUUUAAAGUGUUAAAUAACAUUGACAAGGACAUUCCGGUGAAGCAUCUAAGAGGAAGGACAUUAAUUGUAACAGAACACAAAAUACAGAAAGCUGCUGCUCAUUCCUUGAGAAAAGCAUCAUCAGUUGGUUCACGUAGACCAGAUGAUGCGGAAGCUUCGUUUGAUGAUGCUCUUUCGGAUGUGCGCAAUCAAUCCAAGUCAAAAUCAAUUUCGAAUUUUCACCCAUUGGGCUCAUCGUCAUCCCUAUCUAGUAUUAAGUAUGUCCAACAGAGUGGCUUAAUUGAUAUUUUGAAGGAGUUCAUGGUACAGGGCAUACCCAAUGCCCGCUCUCUGUACACAUGCAAUCAUCCAAAUUUUCAAGAAGCCCUCAAUUACCUGGGGAAUCCUCACAUUUCCUGGCGUGACUUCGUCAAACAUGACCAAUUGUCCGAUCUACAGAUGCACAUACAGUCGCGUAUGUGGGAAAUAGUUACAACAGAGAUAAAGCACAUAUUUGCCCUGCAAACAGUUACCGAUCACUUCCUGGCAUGCCUUACGGCUCUCCAGGAGAGGGAUAUGCUUCCGGAAAUUAACAAAAAGAAACUCUUUUCCAACAUUGUUGAAAUCUGCGAAGCCAAUUUAACCUUUUGGGCGACAUUUGUGUAUCCAAUGGUGCAGCACAGCGUAAAGACGGGAGAACCAUUGGAUAUGAGUAUCCUUGAACCGGGAUUUUUGUCAUUUGCCGAUAUUUUUGGUCCCUACAAGACCUACUGCUCAAACCAAACAUCCUGCCUCAACUAUUGUCGACACCUAACGCGCACCAAUAUCUUCUUUGCUGCUUACUUGCACUGGUGCGAGGGUCAUGAAUUUUGCAAAAGACUCAAAUUGGCUGACAUCCUUGUGGCACCCAUGCAGAGGCUCACAAAAUACAAGCUCAUCCUUAAAACCAUCAGAGAUGAUUUGGGUGAAAAUAAACUCAUCGAAAACUUAGAUGAGAUGAUUUUAGCUGUAGGAGAUUUUGUAAGUGGCGUGGACCUAUGCUUAUCUGAUAUGCAAGCUCUGGAGCGUCUAAGGGGUGUGAUGGCGAGGAUUGAUGGCUAUGACGUGGUGGAGAAAAGUGGCGAUACAUUGGAUUGCAUGGCGAAGCAAUAUAGCUCGAUGUUUGACUUGUGUGACCCGAUUGAAGGAUGUGCGGUGGAAACGAGGCGUCAUCUAUUCAUGGAGGGUGACCUGAAAUUCAAGGACUCCACGGGCAAGUUCGACGUCCACUGUUUCCUGCUGACAGACAUUCUGCUCGUUUGCAGGAUAAACACCAAGAAGACUCAGGGUGAGCUCAAGAUCUGCAGAACACCAUUCUUAACUGAUAGACUUCAAAUAAUGUUGAAGGAUGAGACGGUGUAUUGUGUGUAUUUGAAUGAAUUCGGCCUAUCGUCCACGGCUUUCUCCCUUCAGUGCUCAGAAGCGAAGAGCUGGUAUGAUGCGAUGGAAAAAGCACGACAACUAUUUACGCGAUUGAAGCAUGGCUACAGACCCAAUAUUGAUGGGUCGAGGUGUACGCCAAAUAUAAAGCAUUCACCGAAAUCAGCGGGGAGUAGUCAGAGUGGUUCCAUGGAGUUGAAUGAAGUAAAAACCACACAGAUUGAUGUGGAGCGGGAGAAUUCGGUGUCGAGUGAAGAGGGAAUGUUGCACGGUGCUACGGGGUUAAAGCCAAAAUUGUUGAAUUUACCAAAGAGAUCCCCAUCGAAGGCCGGUAGUCCGAUUUUAUUUGAAGUAAAGCAGACUGAUGAUGGCAGAGGGCAGAGUAUGCCUGAUCUGUACUCAAGUUUUAUAAGUCAAACACACAGUAAUACACUCCUUGUGCCAGGGAUGACUACAGCUCAUGGUAGUCUCCUAUCUACACACCGUGGUAUCUCCUACCCACCUCCAUCCCCAACAAGGGCUACCCUAAGGAGAGGCCUAGCAUUCUCAUUCACAAAUAAGAAUCCACCCCUUGUGAAAACAAAAAAUAUCACAUCCCAAACCAACCUGCCAUCGGAAUCAACAACAAGUCUUGUGAUACAGCAACAAGUGAGUGGGAAGGAGCAGGGAAGUCAUCAGAGCCAUUCGAGGACUUCUGCAGCGACAAAUGAUGAGAAUCAGCCACCAGUUCAGCAAUCAGAGAUUGAAGUGACGGAUUUCGAAUCUCUCUAUCGCAGACUGAACGGAAUCACUGUUCAUCCGCAACUCAAGCAAAUUCUCUACAUAUAAUCAGAAGUUAACUGCUCCUGCAAUGGAUGAUGUCUCAAGUCAUUUGCAUAAGAAAGCAACAUAACGUGCUGAAAUAUUAUUUGCCACAGCUACUCUCGGCAAGACUACAAGAGAGAGAUAUGCUUUCAACAUAGAAAAUCUCACUGUUUGACCAACAUUUUCUCUGUGUCUUGAGGAUGUAUUAUACUUGAUGUUGAGUUCGAGGAAUCACUAGAAAGCAGGAAGUAAGAUAUGGAAGAUGAAUUAAUAUUAUCUGUUGCUGAAA